CGCAGCCCAGCUCCUUCAUGCGCACGCUGUUCCACCGGCCCAGGCAGCAGACGCCCGGCUGCGCCGCUAAAGGUACUACACAUUACGCCGGCGACGCCUGCUCCCGGCCCAGUGAUGCUCCUCCGCAGCCCAGCUCCUUCAUGCGCACGCUGUUCCACCGGCCCAGGCAGCAGACGCCCGGCUGCGCCGCUAAAGGUACUACACAUUACGCCGGCGACGCCUGCUCCCGGCCCAGUGAUGCUCCUCCGCAGCCCAGCUCCUUCAUGCGCACGCUGUUCCACCGGCCCAGGCAGCAGACGCCCGGCUGCGCCGCUAAAGGUACUACACAUUACGCCGGCGACGCCUGCUCCCGGCCCAGUGAUGCUCCUCCGCAGCCCAGCUCCUUCAUGCGCACGCUGUUCCACCGGCCCAGGCAGCAGACGCCCGGCUGCGCCGCUAAAGAGUGCUGCGUGCCGCGGCCGCGGCCGGAGGCGGCGUGGCUGGCGUGCGACGACGAGCAGGUGAAGCCCAUCUCCAGCCAGGACUUCCACGACCUGCUGUCCGCCGAGCCCAAGCUGCGCUCCGCCGCCACGCCCUACCUGCUCUUCUACGUCAAGAGCGACGACGCCGCCGCGUGAGCCGCGCCCGACUAGCGUCACACCUGGAGUGCCAUGCUCACGGUCCGUGCGGCGAAGGAAGCAGCUAGGUAGCAGGGAAAAGGGUUGUAAUGAGGGCACGGCAGUGCAAUGCCCACGUUGAGUGUAUAAACCUUUUGAGAAUUGCAUUAAGUAAGAAAUCCAGAAGGUGGCUUUCGGGGCGGUGUACCUAUCCAAUUUCUUGGUCCAAUGUGCAUUGCGCCUCACUCUCUCACUAAGCAAAAUGUGGGAAGCAAAUACACAUCUGACCAAGAAAUUGGACAGGUGGACUACCACCCUACCACGCCAACCUUGGUUCUGGUUCAAAUCCGACCGGCUAUACAGAACUAGUUUGUGGUUUUUCUUUAAAAUAUUACAUCAAUUUUAAAAGUACAAUAAAAUCUCUUAUAAUAAUAUAAGGCUCCUAAAAGUGCGCUCACCAUGUCCAACAGCGCACUUUCUCGUAUUGUUUUAAUAAAAACACAUACAACCGAAUUGAGAACCUCCUCCCUUUGAAUGUUUAAAGUCGAUUUAAAAAACAAGAAUAGUCUUUCUUUAAAAGUUGCGCAGUCAUAUAUGCUAACCUUCUUAGAAAACAACUGGGACUGGAAAUUACAAAUUUCCUAGUACAAAAUUAACAUUGCACUGUUAUAAUUCUAAAUUCUAGUUUCUGACAAGAAAUAUCCAUACAAUAUGUAUGUAUAUUAAUAUGACAGAGCUGCAUCCUUGCCAUAUAUCAUGCGUGAUCGUGAGUAAUGCACUUAACAUUUUACUACAAAGCGAUGAGUACAUAUGAGGCAGAGGUAAUGAACAUUAUAGUUCAUAAAAAAAAAUUACAAGCUGAAGUAUAUUUCUGACAAUGUUCGAGAAAAUGGUCUGAAAGAGGUAGAAUUACUAUUUAUUGGUGAAGAAUAAAAAUGGUUAGGAACCUCUGAAAUAAUCACAGAUCAUUCUCCUAUAUGUAUGCUUGCUAAGGCAAUAUCUUGUAUAUGCCACGUCGAUAUAACUUUGUUGAAGUUAACCAUCUUGUUGUGGAAAUUAUAACAAUAUCGUUAACGAUUAAUAGAAAUAUCAAUAAAGCUUCGUACAGCUUUGUAUUAAAAUGUUUGUGGUACAGGCAUCUGAUCAGAGUACGCUAUAGUAUUGUGAAGGCAUCAUUUUGUUCAUUCAAAUAUUAUUUAGAUGCUUUAAAAGACGAUUUAGACUAGACAGAUGUUACUGUCAGCCGUGAUAUUAUGUAGCUGAAAUAUAAGAUAUUAUAGAAAACGAUCAAAGUA